AUGCCCAAGACAAUGGAUUCGGACUCUGAAUCAUAUGAGAAAACAGGGGGAAAACCCUCAAAGGACAUCCUUGAGCCCGCCGUCCUCUUUUUGUCAGGUCAAUCUGUCCUCGCUGAGGCUGCAACUUCAACCCCACUUUACCAAUUAAACAGUGACAUCAGGUCAAUCUCGAACAAGGACUCGUCUGUGGCAUUCGGAAGAGUCGAGCACGAUGUACCUGAGCUCGAGAUCGAGAUCAAGGGCGUCACUGCUGGCACACCGCAAGAAAUAUAUGACACGAAAAAGGCUACCGAGAAGCUUGCUGCUCAGGCCCCCUGGUGGAUUCCGGGUGAGAGCAGCGGAUACCAUCUCACAAAUCAAGGUCACCUUGUCGGUGAAAUCAUUCGACGUAUAACUGGCAAGCCGCUUGAACAGUUUGUGGCCGACGAAAUCACAGGUCCCUUGGGAGCUGAUUUUCAGUACGGAGUACCAGAAGAGCAUUGGUCACGCACAGCGGAUGUCAUCUCACCUCCAGCGCUCCCGUUCAGCGAGCUGGAUCCGCAAAGUAUUACGGCAAAGGCGAUCGCGGGCUCGCCUUUUCCCGCUGAGGCUUCUAUGACUCCGGGUUCCAGAAAAACCGUGUCCGGUGCGAACAAUGGAUUUUCCAAUGCGCGCGCAUUGGCCCGAAUUGGGUCUAUAGUCUCUCUGGAUGGCAUUCUCGAUGAGAACAAACGAAUCAUCUCAGCGAGUACCGUUGAGAAAAUGCUCACGGAGCAGAUUAAGGGAACGGAUAUUGUCACCUUUGAUUUUCUGCGAUUUGGUCUUGGUGUAGCUCUGCCAGCACCGCAAACUUGUGCCUGGAUUCCUGAGGGACGAAUUGGCUUCUGGGGAGGCUGGGGAGGAUCAAUGAUCAUCAUGGACCGUGACCGACGCAUGACUAUCGGCUACGUGAUGAACAACAUGUCUGGUAGCGGCACUCUGGGUAAUGACAACACCGAAGCUAUUUUUGCGUCUAAGUCUAGUCGUGUUUUGGUAGAUGGCUGCGCUUGCGGCUUAGGCCGCCAAGACGCUCGGCAUGUGCUGAUCGCCUGCCCGCCCUACGCAGGGCUCCGGUUUCGCACGGUUUGGCAGCACCCACGGGAGACUGACUAUGCUCGUCUGCUUCGCGAGCCUGGGUCAGUACAACGCGCUGCUCGCUUCAUGAUUGCUACAGGGCUCCUGGGCCAGUUCCGGGGCUUACCAGACACAUUCCGGGUUAGCGAUAUGGGUGGCGACCCCUGA